UGUGCAAAUUCAGACAAGAGCAUUGCACAACACAACUGACAGUGUUCUUGCAGACAGCAGAGUCGUUUCAUCUUCAGACAUUCAGUCAGUACUCAGUGGGAGCUCAAGGAUAAAAAGGGCAGCAGUUGCUUCUGCUUCACAUUGUUAUUCUCCAUCAGUUGGUUGAAGAGGUUGCAUUUGGCAGGAAAGCAGCAGCUGGUGAUCUCGAAAGAGAGACAGAUAGAUGAUGAUGAAGGUUAGCCCAAGGGUCAGUGUUCACGUUUGCUUGUGCAACACUAGACCUGGUGCGGGCAACAAGCUGGACAAGUGCUACUGCGCCCAUUACAAUAAGAGAGGAGGUACUACUGAUGGCCUGUCUCACCUCAGCAACGCAGCUUCUUCUCCAGAGAAGAAGAUGAAACCAGAGCAGGGCGCUCACAACAAGAUGUCGGCAUCGGCGGCGGUCGCGGCGGCGUCUUCGCUGUCUCCGUUGGUCGGGCUGCGGGCCGUGGUGAGCUCGCUCGUGGCCUUCUUCAUCGUCGUCAGCUCCGUGUCGCUCCUCUUCGACCGCGGCGGGCAGGAGUCGCGGGUCGUGCAGCUGGCAAUGGACCAGCACCGGCACCAGGAGGUGAAAAUGGCGGCGGCGGGCUCCGGCAAGCGGCAGGAGGAGGAGUGCAACUGGUCGGUGGGAAGGUGGGUGUAUGAUAAUGCCUCCGAGCCGCUGUACUCAGGGCUCAAGUGCUCCUUCAUCUUCGACGAGGUGGCCUGCGAGAAGUAUGGCCGGAAUGACACCAGGUACCAGCACUGGAGAUGGCAGCCCGAUGGGUGUGAUCUUCCCAGAUUCAACGCCACAAGGCUGCUGGAGAAGCUGAGGAACAAGAGGAUGGUCUUCGUGGGCGACUCGAUCAACCGAAACCAGUGGGUCUCCAUGGUGUGCAUGGUGGAGGCCGCCAUCCCCGAGGGCCUCAAGAUGCGCGUCUACAACGGCUCCCUCAUCUCCUUCAAGGCAUUCGAAUACAAUGCGACGAUCGACUUUUACUGGUCGCCGCUGAUACUGGAAUCGAACAGCGACAACCCGAUCAUCCACCGGGUGGAGUACCGGAUCAUACGCGCGGAGAAGAUCGAGAAGCAUGCCCGCGCCUGGCGCGACGCCGACAUCAUCGUGUUCAACUCUUACCUGUGGUGGAGGAAGCAGAAGCCCGACAUGAAGAUGAAGGUCAUGUAUGGAUCGUUUGAGGAUGGCGAUGCAAAGCUCGACGAAGUGGAGAUGGUGGAAGGCUUCGAGAUCGCUCUGAAGAAGCUCACCGAGUGGCUUGGAACCAACAUCGACAAGAACAAGACCAGGAUCUACUUCGCAGGCUCGUCGCCCACCCACACCUGGGCGAGCGAUUGGGGAGGGGAUGACAAGAACAAGUGCCUGAACGAGAGCGAGCCGAUCGUGAAGCCGGGUUACAAGGGCGCGACGACGGACUACAGCAUGAUGGAGAAGGCCCAGGAGAUCUUCAGGCCGCUGGAGGAGAAAGGGAUCCACGUGCAGGUGCUCAACUUCACGCAGCUGUCGGACCACCGCAUCGACGCGCACCCGACGGUGUUCCGGCGGCAGUUCGUGCCGCUGACGGCGGCGCAGGUGGCGGACCCCAGCAGCUACGCCGACUGCACGCACUGGUGCCUCCCCGGCGUGCCCGACGUCUGGAACAGCUUCCUCUACUCCUACCUCGUCCACAAAUGACCAUCCAUCCAUUUGUGUUACUUGUAGAUAUACAUACAUAAUCACAUACAUAUGUGUUAUACCAUCUGUUGUCGUUCAAAAACAGUUCAUUUUUGUUUUUUGGGGGGUGUUUAGAUCGUUGGCUAGGCUGCUUAAGAACGCAUGUAGUAGCUAGAAAAUGACUCCCCGUGUUAUUUUUUUCUUUUGCUGUUACUUGUAAAGAAACAAGGAUCAAGAAGAAGAUGAUGAUGAUGAUGAGUGGCAGCUAA